UUGAGAUUGCACGCUCGUCACUCCUCGUCUCUGCUUCUCCUGUCUCUCGUCUCCGUUCAUUGAAUCGUCGCCUCUCGGCCUCUCUGCCGGCUUACCGCCUUACCGCCUCAACGCCUCUGCCCUCUCGUCUCCUCUGACUCCCAGCAUGAGACAACAAACCCUCUAAGACAGACUUGAAGAACAAAUCUAUAUCUCCUUUCACGCCCACCGGAUCUCAGAGGUUGCCGGUCUUGUGGCAGGCCCAGUGAGAAGUUGUGAAGUGACAGGCUAUAAGUAUGUUGCGAGAGAGGGUCAGGCGAGCCAUACUCCCUCCUGCUCAGGAGAAUAUUGACAAGUUGGAGAAGGUUCUGAAAGAUGGAAACUACUAUGGAGCUCAGCAGAUGUUUAAGUCUAUUAGUGCCAGAUAUGUGGGCGCUGAGAGGUUUUCUGAUGCAUUGGAUUUUCUUCAGUUUGGGGCCUGUGCACAAUUGGAAAAUGAACAGGUUACCUGUGGGGGGGAGCUUGCUGUUUUGUUUGUGGACACCCUCGUAAAAGGAAACUUCUCUUAUGAUGAUGACACUCUUGACCGCAUAAGGAAAAUCUACAAGAAGUUUCCUAGAAUUACAGUGCCACAAAAUUUGGAGCUAGCUGAUGAUGAUGACAUGCAAAAAGUUGCAGAAGCCCUCACUGCAGCAAAAACACGAGUAGAGGCUUGUACAUCCUUUUUGAAAGCUGCCCUCAAGUGGUCCCAUGAAUUUGGAGCACAUAAGUAUGGAUCUCCAGAGCUUCAUGACAUGUUGGCUGAAUAUAUAUUCUCAGAGUCACCUGAGGUGGACAUGGGUAAAGUAUCUUUCCAUUUUGUCAGAGGGAAGAAUCCGAAGAAAUUCACUUCAACUGUUAUCAAUUUCAUGGGCAAGUGUUACCCUGGAGAAGAGGAUUUGGCUAUUGCUCGGGCAGUUUUAAUGUAUUUAUCCCUGGGCAACCUACGAGAUGCCAACUAUAUUAUGGAUGAGUUAAAAAAACAAGUCAGCUCUAAGGAGCUUGAGUUUCCUGAAUUAGAAUUAAUGCAGUUCAUCAGUUAUCUUCUUCUGACGUUGCAGAGAGAUGCAAUCCCUCUGUUUAAUAAGUUGAGGGUGGUCUACAAGCUGAGUAUAGAAAGAGAACCAACAUUUAAUGAGUUGUUAGAUGAAAUAGCAGAGAAGUUUUAUGGAUUACGACGCCAGAGCCCACUGCAGGGGAUGUUUGGAGAUAUCUUUAAGAUGAUGGGAGGCGAUAUGAGUGUUUGAGUUGCGUUUGCUAAUGAGCUACAACAGCAGUUGGUUCCUUGAAAUCAUGUGCAGUGCAGUGCAAUUGAGUUCAAUAUGUAUAUGCAGGGGGUGUCUGCAUCAAAAUAGUGGGCCAUUUAUGUAUUGACUGUUUUGAUGUUUCACUUGGCUUAUUAUAAUUCUAUGUGAAACGUCAUUCUUUUUCUGCGUUUUAUAAUGCAAACAUGCAAUGCACUUUUCAUUAACAGAAGAAUUUGGUAACAAUUGUGGUGGAGCUGGAGUGGAUUUGGGGUUUUAA